AAAUAAUAGAGAAAAUAUGAAUGGAAAAAGUGUUCUCGUCUGGUCUGAGCCACCCUGUCAGUGACAUAGUCCCCUACUCCCUCUACUCAAAAAUUAAAACCUCUCCCUGCUCUCUCUGUCUGUCUGUCUCUCUCUCCCCUUCCCUUUUACUUUAUCCUGCAAAGUCCACAGCAAGAGGCGUUUGGAGCCACGACAAGUGCGUCAGAACACACACACUGCUACAACACCACCCCCAUCAUCACACACACAAAAAUCCCACUAACCACUACUACACUACCACUACUACUACUCCCCUAAAUAAAUUAAAAUUCAUUUACCUACACAACAAUUUCAAUUAACUCUUUCUUUUGAGAUUUGCGCCACCAAUAUCUUCACCGAAUCACCCCUCCAUCAUCACCCCUCGUUUCUUUUUCUUUUCUCUAACCAAAGGCGGCGAUAUUACCACCAUUCACUUACUGCCCAAAAAACCCAAACCAUUUUUCUCUUAAUAUUUAUAUUCAUUUUUCACUCUGACACCUUCUUCUUCUUCAUUUUUCAUUCUGACGCCAGUUUUCUCUUUCUUCUUCUCCUUCUGCUUCUUUUCUGUGUGCAUGAAUGAACACAAAACAUUCAAUUCGAUUCAAUUUCCAUAUUUCCGAUAACAACACGUUUUUCUUUUCUUCUGUCCAUCAAGUCAUAAUAAUAACUGCUCCUCUCUCUUUCCCCAACUACCUUGUUACUCACCACCACCUUCGACCUUUUGCAAUAUUUUAUUUUGUUUUAUUCAUUUUUUUUUCUUAUAUUCGUGACCACUAGCUAUAGCUGUUGGCGUAUUCGUCAACAUUAUCAUCAAUGCAAAACGUGAAAUACGGUCUUCGUCAAGUGUUGAUGUUGCUGUGAAGAGUAAAGAGCCACAACGUGUUACUUACAUGGUGGUUAUAACGGUUUAGUUUGAAGGAGAAACCCAAAGAGAGAAAGAAAAGAAAAGGAAAAAGAAAAUGAAGUUUAUGAAGUUGGGAUCAAAGCCUGAUGCCCUUAAAGCUGAUGGAAAAUCUGUCAGGUAUGUGUCAUCUGAAUUGGCUACAGAUAUCACAAUCACUGUAGGUGAAGUUAAGUUUUGCCUUCACAAGUUCCCUCUACUGUCCAAGAGCAAUCGAUUACAGAAGUUGGUAUCGAAGGUUGAUGAAGAGAAUUCUGAUGAAAUAUACUUGGAUGACUUCCCUGGAGGACCGAAGGCCUUCGAAGUUUGCGCAAAAUUCUGCUAUGGAAUGACAGUUACUCUAAAUCCUUAUAAUGUAGUGGCUGCUCGUUGUGCUGCGGAGUUCCUUGAGAUGACUGAAGAUAUCGAUAAAGGAAACUUGAUUUUCAAGAUUGAGGUGUUUUUGAACUCUAGUAUCUUUCGUAGCUGGAAAGAUUCGAUAAUUGUUCUCCAAACAACAAAGGCUCUUCUUCCAUGGUCUGAGGAUCUGAAGAUCAUUGGGAGAUGCAUUGAUUCCAUUGCUUCAAAGACUUCAGUGGACCCAGGCAACAUCACUUGGUCUUACACUUAUAACCGGAAAUUAACAGAACCGGAUAAUAUUGUGGAGGAGACAUCCCAAGAGAAAGUUAAGCAUGUUCCAAGGGAUUGGUGGGUUGAAGAUAUAUGUGAAUUGGACAUUGAUCUUUAUAGAAGAGUGAUGAUUACAGUGAAAUCAAAGGGAAGAAUGGAUGGUGUUGUGAUUGGGGAGGCACUAAAAAUCUAUGCCAUAAGAUGGUUACCCGAGUCUGUAGAUGAAUUGGUGUCUGGUGCCCACGCCCAGAGGUACAAAACCUUGGUAGAAACCAUUGUGUGUCUGCUGCCGAGUGAUAAUGGCGUUGGUUGUUCAUGUAGCUUCUUGCUCAAGUUAUUGAAAGUGGCAAUACUAGUUGAAGCUGAUGAGUCAUCGAGAGAAGAGUUGAUGAAGAGCAUCAGCCUGAAAUUACAUGAAGCUUCUGUGAAAGACUUGUUGAUUCCAGCAAGGUCUCCUCAAAGUACUAUGUUUGAUGUUGAUUUAGUACAAGGUCUUUUGAAUCGAUACAUGAGUGAAGAAAAGGACGGCCUUAAUUUGGAAGCCAAUGAGAAGAAAGAUAAAGUAAAUGAUGAAUCUCUUUUGAGGAGUAUGUCCUUGUUGAAUGUUGGCAAGUUGGUUGAUGGUUAUAUCAGAGAAAUUUCGCACGAUCCGAAUCUCAGCCUCGCUAGUUUUAUUGCUUUGUUGCAGUCAAUUCCAAAGUCUGCUAGGCCAAAUCAUGAUGGUUUGUACAGAGCUAUUGAUAUCUACUUGAAGGAGCACCCUGGUCUGACAAAAGCUGAAAAAAAGAACAUAUGUGGACUCAUGGAUGUCAAAAAAUUAACCAUUGAUGCGUCGAUGCACGCCGCUCAAAAUGAUCGUCUUCCUCUCCGAGUUAUAGUGCAGGUUCUCUAUUUUGAGCAGGUCAAAGCUUCUGCCAUCCCUCAAUCCAUUAAUAACGUUCCACACGGCCCUUCAAAUGCUGACUCAAACGGAGACGACGAAUGCAAACAAACUGAGGGUGAGAGCUGUCAAUACCUUGACAACCAAGUAUGUCACUUGAAAGAAGGAGAGUUGUGCAAGAAUGGAAAGUUGAACAAGAAGAAUAGCAAGAACAGCCGGAGUGGCACGCAGUUGUUGCCUUCUCGGUCGAGGAGGAUCUUCGAUAAGUUGUGGAAUGUGGGAAAAGGGCAGGCAGAGAAUAGGAGUUCAGAGACUUCAGGGAGUUCUAAUAGCCCAGCUUCAAUAGUUCCUGGGGACACCAAGUCUUCUGGUUCAUCUUUAAGACAUCGGAGGCAUUCUAUAUCUUAGUUGAGUUUUGAUAUGAUAAAAUUGUUCAAAACAAGUGAAGGAGAUGAUUCAGAAUUGUUAUGGAAGUGUAAAGUGGUGUAGGAUGUAAUGUAAGGUAAUGUAUGUAUUUUGGUAUGCAUGCACAGGAAUUGAAGAAAAUGUGUACAUUUUUUUUGGCGGGUGUCUAAUAUUUGAUAUUUUGAUGGUAAUCACAAUUCGCAAGAUUUUUCAUC